AUGGCCGUGUGUGACCCCGUGCGUGGUAUGCACUCCCUCUUCAGAAAUGCUUUGCCGCAGCAGCUGUUUGCAGCACCGCCUGUGUUGGCACAUCCUCAGUCAUGGGACAGCUUUGACUCGGACGAUGGAUUUACAAGCAUGGAGGAGUUGCUCCGACAAAAUGCAGAGGACAUCGCCGCAGUCAUCAUAGAGCCCAUCGUUCAAGGGGCAGGAGGAAUGAGGAUCUACAGCCCAGCUUACCUUGUGAAGCUGCGGAAGCUGUGCAGCGAACUAGAGGUUCUCUUGAUUUUUGACGAGAUUGCCACAGGCUUUGGCCGGACUGGGAAGCUUUUUGCUGCAGAGCACGCCCAGGUCACCCCAGACAUCAUGUGUGUGGGCAAGGCGCUGACGGGAGGUUAUUGUACUUUGGGUGCCACAAUUACAUCAAAAGAUGUUGCCCAUGGAGUGAGUGGACCUGAUGGAACCCUGCCUCUCAUGCAUGGUCCAACCUUCAUGGCCAAUCCCUUGGCCUGUGCCAUUGCCGCCGCGAGUAUCCGCCUCCUCCUGCAAGGACCUUGGCAAGAGCGAGUGCGUGCUAUCGAGAAACAGCUGGACCAGGAGCUCAGACCGCUUAAAGACCAUGCGCUCGUCUCUGACGUGCGUGUUUUGGGUGCCAUUGGCGUGGUGGAGCUACACAGUCCGCCUAAGGAGCCUGCCAAGUUACAGCAGGCGCUGGUCCAGCAAGGUGUGUGGCUUCGGCCCUUUGGGCAAACCAUCUACACCAUGCCACCGUAUGUAAUCUCAAAGCAGCAGCUGCGAAGCAUUACCGAGGCUAUUUCAAAUGUGCUCGAUCAAGGAAUUGAGCUCACCGACUAG